CCCUCACCUCCCCUCUCCUCUCGCGCGACGAGCCUUCCCGACCACGCCGCCGCCCUCCGCCUCCUCCUCUGCCCCCCCUCCCUAACCUCGCGGCGGUGACACCACGGUGAGGAGGGAGGCGCCAGGUGGCGGAGAGACGAGGGAAGGAAGCGGGGCCCCCACUCGCUCGCUCGCUCGCUCCCUCCACACCCACCUAAAACCCUAGGCCCCCCUCCGACCGCGCCAAGAAUCGGCGGGGCAUCGAAUCUCGCCGCGCUCCGCUCCGGAGGCCGGGAAGAUCCGGUCUUUUUUCCGGGGGGUGGUUUGGAGAUGUCGUCGGAUAUCAGAAAAUGGUUCAUGAAGGCGCAAGACAAGAAUGGUGGCGCAGCGAAGCCGGCUGGGGUUGGAGGGGCAGCCGCCGCCGCGCCGGCGGCGAAGAAGCCUGUGCUCAGCAUUCCGGAGAAGCCAGCGCCGUCUUUGGCACCUUGUGAUCAAGAUUGUUCAGCUAGAAGGAAGACUAGCAAGUACUUUGCAUCCAAAACUGAAGAGGAAGAUGCCAGUGCAGGAAAUGGUGCAGGGAGAGGUUUGUCUAAGAGAAAACUUCAGAAAGGCAGUGAUGAGCUUGAGGAUGACAUGAAGCCUUUGCGAGCAACAGAACAAGAAGAUGAUGAUGACUUUAUGGCACCUUCAAAAAGGAAAACUCCAGUGAAGCAGCCACCAUCAAAGAAGUUGAAGGGUGCGUCUAAUGCUGAAACUCAUGCAAAGACUGUUGGCCUUGAUAAUGAUGAUAAGGAGGACAAGAUGGAUGAAGAUGCUAAAACCCCUUCCAAGGCAGCUGGAAGUGGAAGGGGAAGGGGAAGGGGGAGGGGGAGAGGAGGAAGAGGAGCAGGAGCAGCCCAUGGAAAGGCAGUUGGUCUUGAUGAUGAUGGUGAGGAGGACAGGAUGGAUGAAGACGCUAAAACCCCUUCCAAAUCAACUGGGAGGGGAAGGGGAGGAGCUUCUGGGGGAAGAGGGAGAGGAGGGGGUGGGAGAGGUUUCAUGAAUUUUGGUGAAAGGAAGGAUCCUCCGCACAAAGGGGAGAAGGAAGUCCCAGAGGGUGCUCCUGACUGUUUAACUGGUUUGACAUUCGUCAUAAGUGGUACUCUUGACAGUCUUGAACGUGAGGAGGCAACUGAUCUAAUUAAGCGUUAUGGAGGCCGUGUAACUGGCUCUAUUAGCAAAAAGACGAGUUACCUUUUGGCUGAUGAAGACGUUGGUGGAGUGAAAUCUAAUAAAGCAAAAGAACUGGGCGUCCCAUUCUUAACUGAAGAUGGCUUAUUUGAUAUGAUCCGGAAAUCAAAGCCUGCAAAGUCUACUGUAGCCAAACAUCAAAGCGAUAACAAUUCAGAAAAGCAACAAAAAUCACCAAUAAAGAGUUGUCCAGUUAAAGUUGAAAGAAAAGAUGCUAAUCAAAUCACCACAGGCAAAAAUAUUUCCCCAAAGAGUAAUAAAGAAAGAGUCUCCACUGAUAACCAGAAGGCCAAAAUCAUAGACCGUGGUUCUAUGCAAUGGACUGAAAAGUAUCGGCCCAAGGUUCCAAAUGACAUAGUUGGGAACCAAUCAAUGGUUAAACAACUUCAUGAUUGGUUGAAAGGUUGGGAUGAUCAAUUCCUUCAUUCUGGCCAGAAGGGUAAGGGAAAGAAGCAGUCUGAUGGUGGAUCUAAAAAGGCUGUGUUGUUGAGUGGACCUCCAGGUAUUGGUAAGACCACAACUGCUAAAGUCGUGAGUCAGAUGCUUGGAUUGCAGGCUAUUGAGGUUAAUGCGAGUGAUAGCCGUGGUAAGGCAGACUCCAAGAUUGAGAGAGGCGUUGGGGGGAGCACAUCAAAUUCUAUCAAAGAGCUUAUCAGUAAUGUGACUUUGAAUUACAGUAACAACCGAUCAAAACAGCCCAAGGCUGUACUAGUCAUGGAUGAAGUUGAUGGUAUGUCUGCUGGAGAUCGUGGUGGUGUUGCUGAUCUUAUUGCUAGCAUCAAGAUAUCUAAGAUUCCUAUAGUUUGCAUUUGUAAUGACCGUUAUAGCCAGAAAUUGAAGAGCCUAGUAAAUUACUGCUUAUUGCUCAACUUCAGAAAACCAACAAAGCAACAGAUGGGUAAGAGGUUGAUGGAAAUUGCCAAGAAGGAAGGUCUUCAAGCUCAAGAGAAUGCAAUGGAAGAGCUUGCUGAACGAGUACAUGGGGAUAUUCGCAUGGCUCUUAACCAUUUGCAAUAUAUGAGCCUCUCCCAGUCUGUGGUCAAAUACGAUGAUAUAAGACAACGACUUAGUAGCAGCACAAAAGAUGAAGAUAUUUCCCCAUUCACGGCUGUUGACAAGCUGUUUGGUUUCAAUGGUGGGAGAUUAAGGAUGGAUGAGAGAAUUGAUUUGAGCAUGAGCGAUCCUGAUUUAGUUCCCCUGAUUAUCCAGGAAAACUAUAUCAAUUAUCGGCCUAUCACUGUUGGGAAGGAUGACAGUGGAGUUAAAAGAAUGAAUUUUCUCGCCCGAGCUGCUGAAUCUAUAGCAGAUGGUGAUAUCGUAAAUGUACAAAUAAGAAGAUAUCGGCAGUGGCAACUGUCACAAGCUGCUUGUUUAUCUUCAUCUAUAGUACCUGCUGCUUUGAUGCAUGGGAAUAGAGAGAUCCUUGAAGCAGGUGAACGGAACUUCAAUAGGUUUGGUGGAUGGUUGGGCAAGUACUCUACCACAAAUAAAAAUAAGCGGCUACUGGAAGAUGCCCAUAGUCAUAUUCUUGCCUCCCAGCAAGCAAACUUGGACAGGGAGUCACUGAGGCUGGAUUACCUCACUCUUCUCUUGCAACAAUUGACUGACCCUCUCAAGACAAUGCCUAAGGAUGAAGCUGUGCAAAAAGUGGUGGAGUUUAUGGAUACCUACUCUUUAAGCCAGGAAGACUUUGACACGAUUGUUGAAUUAUCCAAAUUUAAGGGUCAUCCAAAUCCUAUGGAUGGUAUUCAACCAGCUGUUAAAAGUGCCUUGACAAAAGCAUACAAACAGGGAAGUAGUUCUCGUGUUGUUCGAGCAGCAGAUCUAGUAAAUAUCCCAGGCAUGAAAAAACCACUAAAGAAACGAGUGGCGGCAAUCCUUGAGCCGGUUGAAGAGAGUGUGCCUGACGAAAAUGGAGUAGCAUCAGCUGAAGGUGACGAUGAGGAUUCCUCUGAUGCUGAAAAUAAUGACGAACUUGUGCCUGGUGAUAGGAAACCUAAACUGGACCUGCAGAGUGAUAAGAAGAAAGGGAUCCAAGUGCAGCUUGACCUGAAGAGCAAUGGCACCGGCUCGAACUCAAAGAAGGCGCCGGCUGGUAGAUCAAGAGCUCCUGCCUCUGCUGGGAAGGCUGCUGGAGGCUCAGGUGGGAAGAGGAAGAGGUAACCGGCUGCCGCCAUUUUGCCGGCGGCGAGUUUACAACGGAUCAUAUCAUCCUCUGAUAUGCUGGAGCAGACAGAGGUCCAUUCUUUUUUUGCUUGUACAUAGGCCCCAACAUCUUUGUAGGCAGUAGUAGGCAACUGAUAACUCUGCUUCAGAUCCUCCAAUAUUUUGUGACUUUUGUCUCCACCCACCUGUACUAGCUUCACUUUACUGGCCUUUUUCCAGUUUCCAGCCUUGCAAAGUGAACCAAAUGCUGUGCAAACAGUUCUGUUGAGAGUGCAUGUAGUGUGAGAUCGUAUGCUUUUAUUGUUGGCUUCGGCUCGAUGAAAUUGCAACGCCUGCUUCAUGUUCUGCGCCCUUCGGUAUCUUGUUGCAUUCAUCUCCCACAUCUUUACAUGGAGGA